AUGUUCAAGGGACUCAUUCUUGCCAUUGUUGGUUUUGCUUGCAUCAGCCAAUCAUAAGCCUUUACACAAGUGACUGUCAAGCAACUUGCCCAAGCUAAAUCUUUAUCACAUGCUAAGUCAACAUCCCGUGUUUUAGCAUAUACCUACUCUGAAUCAUCCGUUUAAGCUAAAGCCAAGACUAGUCAAGGCUCCCACAUUGAAGGAGAAGGUGAGGAUUAACAUCUAGAACUUGAUGAUGAGGCAGCAGAUUAACUUCAUGAGCUCUGUGAACACAUCGAAGAUCCUGAAGAUCUACCAGAUAUAGUAAGGGAAGAUCUUUAUGAAUGGGCUGAUAGACAUCUUGAGGCUUUCGAUGAAGGAGUUGAUAUCAUUCAACUUAUAGUUGACACUUGCGAAGAGUUCCAUGAUGAAGAAGGAGAAGGCGAACACGAAGGUGAAGGCGAACACGAAGGUGAAGGCGAACACGAAGAAGGUGAAGGUGAAAGCGAAGAAGAAGAAGAAGAAGAAGAAUUAGCAGCAGCUACUGUAGUUGAAGCUUCUUCUUGA